AUGUUCAAAUCCAAAAAAUCUCCGCCUGUUUCCCUUGGUUGGAAUAUCCGCCAACGUGGCUUUGGAUAUGAUCCAGUUAAUGACAAGUACAAAGUACUACUUAUUAUGCGAAGUAAGAAUGAUCUAAGUCAAAUUUUGACCAAAAUUUAUACUUUUGGUGAAGAUUCUUGGAAAACCAUUCAGAAUUUUUCCAUUAAAUUCGUCAUGCCUUAUAGUUGGUCUUGGAAAUAUGUGAGAAGCACUUUUAAUUGGAUAGUUGAAAAAAUAGGUGUUAUUUCUAAUCAAACUGUGAUUCUUUCCUUUGAUUUGGGAACUGAGACUUACAAGGAAAUCUUAAUGCCUCAAGAGGAUGGUGUCAAAGUCAAUAAACAUAAUCUGUAUGUUUUGAAUAAUUGCCUUGGUGUGUGUCAGAUGUUUAACAAAACUCAUUGGGUUGUGUGGUUGAUGAAAGAAUAUGGAGUUGUCGAUUCAUGGACUAAACUCAUGAUCAUCCCUAUUGACAACUACAAAAAGAAAUCUUAUUUUGUUAUUCCCUUGUUCAUUUCGGAAAAUGGUGUUAUUCUUCUAAUGAACCCGCGUACUUCUCAAUUUGUUCUAUAUGACUUAAAUAGUGGUAGGUUGGACUAUUCAUUGGAAGCUACCGACUAUUUGUGGCUUAGUCCGCAUAUUUGCUGUGAGAGUCUUGUAUCAGUGACAUGGUAA